AUGAUGUUCUCACGACCUAGCUUCACGUCCUUGCGCGUGCUCGCUCUCUGUCUUGCUGUUACAGGCUCUCUUGCCGACGAUAUCACUGGGCCCUGUGAUAUUUAUGCCUCUGGCGACACGCCCUGUGUUGCUGCACACAGCACCACUCGCGCCCUGUUCGGCGCGUACACUGGCUCUCUCUACGAAGUCACGCGUGGCUCUGACAACUCGACCGUUGAUAUCACGCCUCUAUCUGCCGGCGGUGUUGCCAAUGCCUCGGCCCAAGACUCCUUCUGUUCUGGCACAACCUGUUUGAUAUCGACCAUCUAUGACCAGUCCGGCUACGGCAACCAUCUCACUCGUGCUCCCCCCGGAGGUGCUGAUAGCGGCCCCGAAGCCGAUGGCUAUGAUUACUUGUCCAGCGCAGAAGGCGCUCCGGUGACAUUGAACGGGCAAAAGGCAUACGGAGUCUUCAUCCCACCAUUCACGGGUUACCGUAACGACAAGCCCAAUGGUACGGCUACGGAUGAUGACGAGGAGGGCAUGUACGCAGUCUUGGAUGGAACUCAUUACAACGACAUGUGCUGCUUUGAUUACGGCAACGGGGAGACGGACAACAUAGACCCCGGCGCUGGCGCUAUGGAGGCCAUCUACUUUGGCUCUCACAACCUCUCCGGUUGGGGCUCCGGCCUUGGUCCUUGGGUCAUGGCUGAUCUCGAGGAUGGUCUGUUCUCUGGCUACGAUCCCACCAACAGUCCGGACGACGUGUCUAUUGACUUUCGUUUCGUCACUUCUAUUCUCAAGGGAGGAGCCAAUAAGUGGUCACUCCGUGGUGGUGAUUCUACGACCGGAAACUUGACGACCUACUACAGCGGUAUUCGCCCAUCCGGUGAUUACUCGCCGAUGAUCAAAGAAGGUGCCAUUGUCCUUGGUGUUGGAGGUGACAACAGCAACAAAGCCCAGGGUACAUUCUACGAAGGUGUCAUGACUACCGGUUACCCAUCAAACGAGACCGAGGAUGCUGUCCAAGCCAACAUCGUCGCUGCCAAAUACGCUACUACAUCUCUCACCACUGGUCCAGACCUUCCUGUCUCCACGAACUCUACUAUCUCUCUGCGCGCUACCACCGCCUGCUGCACCACAAAGUACAUUUCCCACGACGGUGAUACUGUCCACACCGCAGUUGUCACCUCAUCCAGCAGCGACGCCGAUAAACAAGCAGCUAGCUGGACCGUCCGCACGGGUCUUGCCAACAGUGACUGCUUCUCAUUCGAGUCUGUUGAUACGCCUGGAAGCUUCAUCCGCCACUCCAGCUACCAACUCAAGGUCAACGCGAACGAUGACAGCAAGGGCUUCGGAGAAGACGCAACUUUCUGCCCGCAGGCCAGUCUCAACUCUGAAGGUAAUAACACCAUCCGAUCCUGGAGCUAUCCUGCACGCUACUGGCGCCAGUACAAUGGCUUGGGCUAUAUCGCGAGCAACGGUGGUCCCUUUAACUUUGACGCUACCAACUUGUUUAACGAUGAUGCUAGCUGGGUCGUCACCGCUGGUUUUGCUUAA